GGGGUUUGUUUAGUUGAAUUAGAGUGGUGAACCAGUUAGGUCUGAUUUAAAUUUGUUCCCAAUAGUUUUGUUGCUAAUUCAGUAUGAAUUAUUAUUUGUUAUUUUUGUUGAUGGCGCUUGCGCGGGCAAGCCCCUAUGGAGCGCUGGAGGCAUCCUGCGCCUCAAUGACGCCUGGCCAUGGUUUCAAUCCGCAAAAUGGUACAUCCCCGUUCAUCGUCAUGCCUUUAACGAGUGAAAUUAUUCAGAAUAGUUUGGUGCCAAUCGGACUCUCAUCCAUAACCAGCGAUUAUUUUAAAGGUUUCUUCAUCAUGGCAUUUAGCGACAAUAGCAGCAAACCGAUAGGCAAAUUUUCUAUCGAUGUGGAUGGCCAAUCGAUGAGCUGCUUCAACGGAAUGGACAAUGCUGCCACCCAUUUGAUCAACGAUGACAAAUCAUUUGUUAUGCUGAACUGGAUGCCUCCGUAUGAUUUUGUCGGCUCCGUUCACUUCAGGACUACAUUCGUCAAGAAUGUGUCGCACUAUUGGGUCAGCAUCAAGUCGGACCCAGUGGAGGUUAUCCAGUUCUUUAUGCCAUCAUCAGCCGCCCAUUUCAAUCCAAAUUCUUCGCUGGGAUUGGCUCUUUUGAUUUUUAUAGUUGGACUGUUUUGACUUGUGCAUCCAAUGCUGCAUUCCUAAUGCAAGGCACUGUUUGUUUUUUUGUUUUUUUUAAGUAUUACGCAAACGUAUUCUUGAUGUUAGUGAUUUAUCGUAGCAUUUCACCCCUCGGCAAACUGAUGGGAAGAAAAUGUUGUUGAAAAAUCGAUGCCAUGUCCGAAAUACGUCACAUAUCUUGUGUUUCGAUGAAACUUCUAAUCUUCUACCUAUAUAUACAAAAUUAAACGCUG